AAAUGAAUCCCUCUUCAAAUGGCGAAACAAUCCCGACAAACAAACUAUCUCCGGAAGCUUAUCUGAGAAAACACCAUGUGCUGACCUAUCUUGAAGACGCCCUAUCGCAGAUGGUACUACAAGAAAACAUUCCCAGAUCCACAAACGAAAGUGCAAAAUUCCUCUCCGAGUAUUUCUCGUCAGUGUUAACUGAGAACCAUGUCAUGUUCCGAGGCAUUGCAUUUGUAUCUGCGACACCGCAUAACAGGCUGGCGUUCUUGAAAGGAGCGAGGAAAAGUUAUCAGCAUCUGCUGAAAUCAAACCAACAGCUGUCAAUUCAAGAAAUUCAUUCGCUCCUGCUGCUUUUGUGCGCUGACAUGCCAAUAGAGCUAAUCCAGAGAUCUUUCCUCAACUCUGGACUCACUUUCGCCCAACCGACUGCAUUUUCCUCCUUUUUGACAAACUUUGAACUUCAAUUCUUCCUGGAUGAGUUUCUGACAGACUCGAUUAAGAUUUACAGGACUCUUCAAGCAAUGAAUAAUAGUCAUAUGGGAUCCAGUGAUCUGUCGGGACCCGGUGGAUCUCGGCCCGGGUCUGCUGCUAGUACGAGCUCGUUGUCAAAGGGCUCCUCGACGUUGACCAAUGCGGACUCUGUAGACUCGACAACUUUUCGUGACCGACUCAAACAGCUAGUUCAUACAUCUAAGUGCAAUUACCCGAUGCCAGCUAUGCCCGCGCUGGAUGAGGCAUUUGGCUCUUUCCAGGACCACAGCCGGAUCAAGUUCUCACAUUUCUUCAACCGGCUGAGCCAAACUAGAUACAUUCAAAGUUUACUGAGUUCUGAUGGAACAAAUUUGAGUGCAUCUAACAGAAACUUUACAGUUGAAAAUUAAGGCAAAGAAUAGUAAAAUCAUUACAAACACUUCCAAUCAUUGUUCUUUUUAAGUGUCGAUAUGGACUUUAAGUUAUGUACAUAUCAUGCUAGUUAGGAUAUAUCUUCUUCAUAAUGUACAUUUUCUUCAUAAUUUUGUAAAUAAUUC